AAUCGGUCCUUUGCAGGCUGACCGGAUUCCAGUGGCGCACACGGGAGGAAACGGUCCUACUCUCACAUCCGCACCUCUGAAUCAACUUUUUUCACCCUUCCUCUUUACAUUUACAGCCUGUCUUACUCUCAGCUGACAUCCACGGAGAUAUAUCUGAGGCUGUGUCGAAGAGAGAGGACAGGGAGCUCGGCUUGAGAGGCAGCGCUGAUUCACUUUCAGCUGUUUGUUUCUUUGGUUUUGUUUUGGGAAGGGGGGGGACUGACGGGUAACAUCGCCAUGUCUUGCGGUGAUGGGUCGGAUCAGGGUCGUCGGUUCUGCGUGUUGUCUUGGGAUCAGGUGCAGCGCUUGGACUCGAUCCUCGGGGAGGCUGUCCCCAUCCACGGCCGUGGAAACUUCCCCACGCUGUCCGUGCAACCCCGUCAGAUUGUCCAGGUGGUCCGGGCAAGGCUGGAGGAGAGGGGUGUGUGCGUUAAGGAUGUGAGGCUGAAUGGCUCGGCUGCCAGCCAUGUGCUCCAUCAGGACACUGGACUGGGCUAUAAGGACUUGGACCUGAUCUUUGGCGUGUCACUGAAAGAUGAUCAGGCCUUCCGCUUGGUGAAGGAUGUCGUGCUGGACUGCCUCUUUGACUUCUUGCCAGCUGGGGUUUCUAGGGAGCGCAUCACGGCACUGACGCUCAAAGAGGCCUAUGUACAGAAACUAGUGAAAGUCUGUAAUGACACAGAUCGCUGGAGCCUCAUCUCGCUGUCCAACAACACGGGUAAGAAUGUGGAGCUUAAGUUUGUGGACUCCCUACGGCGGCAGUUUGAAUUCAGUGUGGACUCCUUCCAGAUUUGCCUCGAUUCUCUGCUCUUAUUUGACCGCUGCUCAGAGACGCCCAUGUCUGAGAGCUUCCACCCCACUGUGGUUGGGGAGAGCAUGUACGGGGACUUCAAGGAGGCCAUGGACCACCUGUAUCAGAAGACCAUAGCUACACGCAGCCCAGAAGAAAUCAGAGGGGGCGGCUUAUUGAAGUACUGCCACCUGCUGGUGCGCGGGUUCAGAGCCUCUUCAGAGGCAGACAUGAAGCAGAUGCAGCGUUACAUGUGCUCACGUUUCUUCAUUGACUUCUCCGACAUAGGAGAGCAGCAGAGGAAACUGGAGGCCUACUUGCAAAACCACUUUGCUGGGAUGGAGCACAAGCGGUACGAGUGCCUCAUGACUCUGCACCAAGUAGUGAAUGAGAGCACCGUGUGUCUGAUGGGCCACGAGCGGCGCCAGACGCUCAGUCUCAUUUCCAUGCUAGCACUGAAGGUGCUGGCUGAGCAGAACGCCAUCCCCACUGUAACGAACGUCACGUGUUACUACCAGCCAGCUCCGUAUGUGCAGGACAUUAACUUCAGUAAUUACUAUAUUGCACAUGUGCAGCCUACACAGGUUUCACCAUGCAGUAAUUCAUAUCAGACGUGGCUUCCCUGUAGCUGAACUGACUGUGAGAAGGGCAGAGGUGGACGUGUCUCCAUCGCUCUUUGACUUUCAAAGGAAGUGGACUGAAAAUACAUAUAAAAAAAAUAAACAAACUCAUUUUUGCCAAAUGUGACUUGAACAAUCCUGUACUGCUGUACAACCGAUUGAGCCGACACAUUAAUUUUUCUCAUUUGUUUUGUCUUGCAAAACAUCUGUAAGAUUGCUGGUCAUUUCUGAGAUGUAGCAAUAUUAUCUUGUUCAGUGAUUAAAAAAAAGUUUGUUUUCUUUUUGUUUUUGUUUUUUUGAAACUUUAUAUAUGUCAAAAAAUACAUUUUUAAGAAAACAGACUUUGAAGCUGGUGUUAUUUUCAUACUCUGGCUUUAUUAUUAUUAUUGUUGUUUGUUUUGUUUUUUUAAUUACUGGACCAAAGUUGCAGGCUAUUUGUUGUUCAGAAAGGGAAUGUUGUUAUGAUUCCAAGUGCCUAAAAUGAACCAUGAAAUGUUCUAAAAACAUCUGUAAUGAGAACGGUGCAUUCAGUGUUUUCUAGAUUACUCAGUCUUUCUUUUCAGGAACAGAAGCAUUCAUUUUUGUGAGAUUAAAAAAAGGGAAAAACUACA